GAUUAUUUGCUAUAUCAUUUCGACAGCAUUUUUCGACGAAAGCCGCGGUGAACAGUUUCUAACCUACUGCUUCUACAGCUAAAUGAUACUUUUUGCACAAUUACUACUGAUUUCAAUGACUGUAAAUGCUUUCUGUCAGAUCGGCCUUUACGGUUAUGGGUACCCUUAUGCCGGUUAUGGCAUGGGAAUUCCUCCUCCCGUGCCACCGCCAAUGUUUCCUUCAUAUCCAUACGGUUUUGGAUAUGGUGGAUAUGGAUACGGCUACGGUUUCAAUCAUCCGCCAGGUUCAAUAGAAAACAUCAUUGGUGGAGCACUAAUGGGUACUGCCGUUGGGUUAUUGUAUGGAAAGAAAAAGUAAAUUAGUGCUAUCCUUUGUUUGCUAGUAGUAGAUCCUCUACUCUUCAAUCAUAUUGAAACCGGGUCAAUAAUUUUGGUACUAGACUAUCAUGUAUGAUGUUUGACUUAUGCUCUGUUUGAUCAGUCAAGUGCCAAAUGUUCACUCAUUUUAAUUUGCUG